AGCGCUAGGUGCCGACAGGAAGCCUCGGCGCCGGGCCCGGGGGCGAUCGGCCAGUAGCGCCCCCGGGUCUGUCCCCGGGGCGCCAUGGCCCCACAGAGGCCGAGCGCACCCGAGGGGCCCUGGACGCGUCGGCCCGCGCGUAGCUGAGCAGGGACCUGAGCUCAGAGACCAGGGCUCCCCGAGGCGCAGGUAGGGGCCGCGCCAUGGAGCCCCCGGCCGUCCCCUCGGAGAGGAGCCUGUCUCUGUCUCUCCCUGGGCCUCGGGAGGGCCAGGCCACCCUAAAGCCGCCUCCACAGCACCUGUGGCGGCAGCCGCGGACCCCCAUCCGUAUCCAGCAGCGCGGCUACUCGGACAGCGCGGAGCGCGCCGAGCCCGAGCGGCAUCCACACCGACCCAUAGAGCGCGCCGACGCCGUGGACACCGGCGACCGGCCCGGCCUGCGUACGUCCCGCAUGUCCUGGCCCUCGUCCUUCCACGGCACCGGCAGCGGCGGCGCGGGCGGAGGCAGCUGCAGGCGCUUCGAGGCAGAAAAUGGACCAACGUCAUCUCCUGGCCGCAGCCCCCUGGACUCGCAGGCGAGCCCAGGCCUCGUGCUACACGCCGGGGUGGCCACCAGCCAGCGCCGUGAGUCCUUCCUCUACCGCUCAGACAGCGACUAUGACAUGUCCCCCAAGACCAUGUCACGGAACUCAUCGGUCACCAGCGAGGCGCAUGCUGAGGACCUCAUCGUGACACCGUUUGCCCAGGUGCUGGCCAGUCUCCGGAGUGUGCGCAGCAACUUUUCACUCCUGACCAAUGUGCCCAUUCCCAGCAACAAGCGGUCCCCCCUGGGCGGCCCAACCCCCGUCUGCAAGGCCACACUGUCAGAGGAGACGUGUCAGCAGUUGGCCCGGGAGACGUUGGAGGAGUUGGACUGGUGUCUGGAGCAGCUGGAGACCAUGCAGACCUACCGCUCCGUCAGCGAGAUGGCGUCCCACAAGUUCAAGAGGAUGUUAAACCGUGAACUCACACACCUGUCAGAGAUGAGCAGGUCAGGAAACCAGGUCUCUGAGUACAUCUCCUCUACAUUCCUGGACAAGCAGAAUGAAGUGGAGAUCCCAUCACCCACGGUAAAGGAUCAAGAAAAACUGGAAGCAGCACGGCAGAGACCCUCCCAGCUGCCCCAACCUCCUGGGCCACAAUUUCAGCCCAUGUCUCAGAUCAUGGGGGUGAAGAAGCUAAUGCAUAGGAGCAGCCCUAACGAUUCCAGUAUCCCCCACUUCAAGGUGAAGACCGACCAAGAGGAGCUCCUGGCCCACGAACUGGAAAAUUUGAACAAGUGGGGCCUGAACAUCUUCUGCGUGUCGGAUUAUGCUGGAGAUCGGUCCCUCAGCUGCAUCAUGUACACCAUCUUCCAGGAGCGGGACCUGCUGAAGAAGUUCCACAUUCCGGUGGACACAAUCAUGAGGUAUAUGCAGACCCUAGAGGACCACUACCACCCCGAUGUGGCCUACCACAACAGCCUGCACGCGGCUGACGUGCUCCAGUCCACCCACGUGCUGCUGGCCACACCUGCCCUGGACGCAGUGUUCACGGACCUGGAGAUUCUUGCCGCCCUAUUCGCGGCUGCCAUCCAUGACGUGGACCACCCCGGGGUCUCCAACCAGUUCCUCAUCAACACCAAUUCAGAGCUGGCACUCAUGUACAACGACGAGUCGGUGCUGGAGAACCACCACCUGGCUGUGGGCUUCAAGCUGCUGCAGGAGGACAACUGUGACAUCUUCCAGAACCUCAGCAAGCGCCAGUGGCAGAGCCUGCGCAAGAUGGUCAUCGACAUGGUGCUGGCCACGGACAUGUCCAAGCACAUGACCCUCCUGGCAGACCUGAAGACCAUGGUAGAGACCAAAAAAGUGACCAGCUCGGGGGUCCUCCUGCUGGACAACUACUCUGACCGCAUCCAGGUCCUGCGGAACAUGGUGCACUGUGCAGACCUCAGCAACCCCACCAAGCCUCUGGAGCUCUAUCGCCAGUGGACGGACCGCAUCAUGGCUGAGUUCUUCCAGCAGGGCGACAGGGAACGGGAGCGGGGCAUGGAGAUCAGCCCCAUGUGUGACAAGCACACGGCCUCGGUGGAGAAGUCUCAGGUGGGCUUCAUUGACUAUAUCGUGCACCCGCUGUGGGAGACGUGGGCUGACCUGGUCCACCCAGAUGCCCAGGAGAUCCUAGACACACUGAAGGAGAACCGGGACUGGUACUACAGUGCCAUUCGGCAGAGCCCUUCACCACCGCCUGAGGGAGAGCCUGGGGGGCCAGGCCACCCCCCACCACCGGAUAAGUUCCAGUUUAAGCUGACCCUGGAGGAGGAAGAGGAGGAGGAGGUGUCUACCACCCCGGGUGCAUCGGGAGUGGAGGAACUGUCCACAGCCCAGGAUGCAUCCACGGGGGUGGAGGUAGAGGAAAUGGGUUUGACGCAGCAAGCAGACGCGGCAGAUCGUACGACCACGGGCCAGGACAAGGCCAUGUCCCCAGAUGCACCCAUUGGUGCCGCAGGCUGCGGCAGCCCCCCGGCCCUGUCUCCUGAGAACCCCCCUCUGCCUGCCUUGAGGACCCUGCCCCUAGAGGAGGCCCCAGGCCUCCUGGGCCUCCCCUCCACGGCGGCCGAGGUGGAGGCCCAAAAAGAGCACGGGGCUGACAGGGCGUGCUGUGCCUGCCCAGGGACAUGCGGCAAGGACCCACCCGCGCUCCCAGCUCCUGGUGGACGGGGGUCGGCUGGAGGCCCCACCUGAGCCCCAGCCCCUACUCCCUGCUGCCUCCCUGCCUCCCUUGAUCACCAUCACCCCCCAGCCACCUCCUCCACUGCCUCAAAGACUCUUGGGCCUCCUGAGAAAAAAGAAAACAGAAAAGUGGGGUUUUUUCUCUUUUCUUUUUUGCCCCUUUCCCUCCAUCCCACAGGGCCUCUUUUUGGAGGUGGGGGCUGGGGAACAAGGGGCAGAGGUCCUGGAAGGGUUUUUAUUUUUUGAAUUUUAAUUGUUAUAUUUUUAGAAAAAGAAAAAGAAAAAAAAAAAAACAUCAGGAUGAAACACAGCAACUGUAGACGCUCCUGUUCCUGGCUGCCCCCGUCUGUCUCCAGCCCGGGCUCGAGACUCAGUCUUCCGGCCUCCCGGGGCCCUUCACCUGGGCCCCAGCAGGCACAGUGUCUCCCUCCAGGGUUUUCUUCUGAAUUUUGGAGCAUCUCUGGAACUCAGCCAGGAAUAGCCAUUCUGGAUGGCACCAGGGGUACAGGGUGGGGGUGCCACUGUGGGAGGCCCCAGCUCCAGCCCCUCCCUGGUUCACUGCAGCCUCCCCAGUCUUCUGACUCAUUUUGCACAAACCUGGCAAUACUAGGGGGAUGGGCACGGGGGCCUGUGUGCUACAGGAGGCAGCGAGGGGCUGUUGGGGGCACACUCACACCACCAGCCUGGGGUCUGAGGUUUGAAGAGGGCCUGAUACCCUCUCUGCUUGCCACCCCCUUCUCCUUCUACUUUGGGUUUUCUUUGUCUGCAGGGAACGGCUCCCAGCCCCUCUCCUUCUAGUUGCUUCUCCUCUUGUUUCUGCCUUAUGCUUUCCAAGGCCAUAGGAGUGGGGUUGCAGUGGCCCCCACCUGCACCUUGGGUAGGGUGGGGCCAGGCCCAGAGCCCCCAUCCUGGGCACCCCCAGCAUCCUCCUGCCCGCCUCCCUGAUACUUUGCUCUAGGAGGAAGCAAUAAUGGUGUACCCCCACAUUCCCCUUUUGUGGGCAGCCCAUUCCCACCCUGGUACCAAAGUCAUUGCUCCUUUGCCCCAACCUGGCCAAGCCUCACCCUUUGCCCCUAGCUAGUCCCUGAGCAAUACGACAGACAGAUGCAGGGUCAUUUUUUUCCAAGCCAUGGGGAACUGUUUGGAAGGAGACAUCCCCACUUCCCCCUCUGCUAUGCCCCGUGGCCCGGGUCUGCAGCCGGGCAGUGCACCUCUCUCUCAUUCCCUCCCUGAGCACACGGUACUGUAGCUCCCUGCUCCCCCGAGCCUCCCAUCUGUCUGUCCGUUCCAGGGGGAGUCCCACCCGCUCCCACCCCCAUGACGCUGUACAGGGUUCAUUUUUCGUAGCAGUAGUAAUUCCUGUCCCAGCUGGCCACCGGAGUGGGCCUUGGUUUUUGGUUUUUUUUUUUUUUUUUUGUACAUACUGUAAAGUUGGUUUGUAAAUUAUUCUAUAGAGGCAAAAAGGGAAAAUAAACUUGUCCUUCGCUGA